CGGUUACAGCCAUUUAAAAUAUGUAAUAUUACAACUUAUCGGGACUUCAGGCACGCACAUGGGGUGACUGAGCUUUUUUGGUUCCCUCUGUGGUCCAUUAAGUUCUUCGUCUGCUACAGUUUGGAGAUAGUUUGGUUACAGGGUGGACUAAUUUGACUUCCUCAAAAAUAGCAAAUUAUAUAUAUAUAUUGACAGAUAAUGCGUUUGUAUUAGGCUUAACUAAUUGAACUAGGAAAAUGCAGAUGGCGAGAUGUAAAUCAUUGAUAAUUAUCGUUUAGCUAAAAAUACUUUCAAGCCUAGUUCAGGAUGAUAUCGAUGUAUUUAUUCUAGAUGUGCACAGAUACCUGUACUAAAGAGGAAGACUGACGACACGUGGGAAGGGGAACAUAUUAAAACGGUGUUCCGUUUGGCGUGUUCACGGCAGAUUGAUGAUACAAAGGGCAUUCAAUCCGCGAGAGCUUGGUACAGGCUACAUAAUUAUAGAAAAUAAAAGUCCUUAUAAGAGUUCAUGAUUGAUAAUACACACAAUACCUUAGGCUCCGUUUUUUUUUGCAACUAGAGAAUCGCUUAUCUUUUAGCCCGGUAUAAAAAUGUUGUAUUAGAAAACGGAUAAAUUCUAUAAUAAGUGUUGACUAGACAAAGGGCGGGGUAGAGGACUGACUACAGAGGUAUUUCAGAUAUUUGAAUGAGUUUACUUAUUUCAUUCCUUUUAAAAUAAUUAAAAAUAGAUUAUCUCAGUCGCUUUCCAAGAAGACCUAAUGAUACAGUUAUAUUCUCAGAAAAAUUUAAAAAAUCGUUUUCAAACUGUUAUCAACUGUGUCACCCCAUCGGCGGUCUUGCUACAUCGCCCAGCAGGGUUCGAAACCAGUUGCUGGUCGAAACACAGAAUAGUUAAGCGAAAAAAAGCUACUUUCCUACUUUUUUUGGUUGCGGUACUGAUCAAACCUACUCAUAUGGAGAUUAGUGUUUCACAAAAUUAUAUUUUUAGAAAUUAAUUAAUGCUUUAUCAUGCAAGAUAGCCAAUCCAGGAAAUUUUUUUACAUGUUUAAUGAGCCGAGCAUAAAACCCGACGGGUGCCAAAGCCCACCUCUUUUACUAGGAAAAAACGGAUGUUAUAAGUCCCUAUAUAAGUGUCAAAAUUUUCCGCUGUCCUUCUAUAGGAUCGAUACCUCGGUUUUUCCACAGAGCGCGCGCCAAUGAUGAUGCUAUUUUACACCCUCGUCUUUAUAUCCCUUGCAAACGCUUGUGUCACUGGUUUGGUCUUCAAGCCCAACUGCACGGUGCAGACAUUUUCUUGUCCUUGCGAUCAGAGCAGCGGAUUUGGAGCAACAGAUCUUGGAAAAGUGAGUUUCACUAGUUGCGUGACCGAUGGAAGCCAUUCCAAAGACGCCUUGUGCUCGAGUGACGACAUUAGAGCAAAAUGUCACGAAAUGCAAGUAAAACGAGCACAUCAGCCUUUUAUUGAAAGCUUUGGUCUUCAGGAGAACGACAUCGUCUACCUUGGAAGCCAGAUCAACCUUACCUGCAAGAUGAAAAACGCCCAAGCCGCUAUUUUCCUCAAGUCUGGCGUAGCAGUGAGAGAAGGCGGUCGAUAUAAGUACAUACAUGUAAAAUCUGCGCAUAAGCAACUCCACAGUAGUCUUGAAAUCACGAAUAUCACCAAAGAUGACGAGGGAAACUACACUUGCUAUGCUUAUAACAAUGGUAUUCUGACCUCCGCAAAGUAUUCUUUGAAAACAGUGCCUUGUCCUGCUGGCUAUUUUUGUCCUUUGUUUUCAAACAAAGCGUUAUCUUGUGAAGCAGGGACAUACAGAGAACAGUCCAGCAACUUGACAUACAAAUGUACCCCCUGUCCCAAGCCUUUCACCCUGCAAGGAGGAUGGAAGACUGGGUCUAAGUCAGUGAGCGAUUGUUUCACAGUAAAACAUGCACGUCAGCCUUUUAUUGAAAGCUUUGGUCUUCAGGAGAACGACAUCGCCUACUAUGGAAGCCAGAUCAACCUUACCUGCAAGAUAAAAAACGCCCAAGCCGCCAUUUUCGUCAAGUCUGGCGUAGCAGUGAGAGAAGGCGGUCGAUAUAAGUACAUACAUGUAAACUUUGCGCAUAAGCGACUCGACAGUAAUCUUGAAAUCACGAAUAUAACCAAAGAUGACGAGGGAAACUACACUUGCUAUGCUUAUAACAAAGGUAUUCUGACCUCCGCAAGGUAUUCCUUGAAAACAGUGCCUUGUCCUGCUGGCUAUUUUUGUCCUUUGUUUUCAAACAAAGCGUUACCUUGUGAAGCAGGGACAUACAGAGAACAGUCCAGCAACUUGACACAAAUGUACCCCCUGUCCCAAGCCUCUCGCCCUGCAAGGAGGACGGAAGACUGGGUCUAAGUCAGUGAGCGAUUGUUUCACAAGCAUUGCGGUGCACCAUAACACGAGGAGGGCAUCACUGGAGAAAUUGUUCCGUUAACUUUGACUUGUUAAUUCAUUUCACUCAUAUUACUUAGAACUAGCCCAUAUACUAGCGUAAAUUUUUCGCGGAAAUUUAAAGAAUGCAGCUGCCUUUCAAACUAUUGAAUUAUAACCAACUUUUAAUUUUCCUUAUUAUUUCGCGUUUUUUAAUCCAUUAAUGAAGGGAAAGUUAGUAUAGAAGACGUAAAAGAAACUGAGAGGAAGAUCUAUAAUUAUAUUCUCAAACUUUACUAAACACUAGUGUACACUUAAAAUUAUUAAUUCAGUAAACCCACUUAAAAUAAAAUCAUUUCCAUCCUCUCAUUUCUAAAACGAAGUCCGGAGUAGCCUAAUUAUUUUCUUGUAUUUCUGACAUAAGGCAUGACAAGGUAUUUGAAAACAGUAAAAGUCUUCAGAUUUUCGCCCGUGCCUCUGAGUAAUGACAUCAAAUACAAAAACUGAAGAACUCUGCAAUGGGGGCUUAUUACUUUUCUAGCUUCUAUUCUUAGUAAUCCAUCCUUCUAUUCCCAUGUUUUUUUAUGUUCGCUCAAACGAUAGGCUAACUCGAUAAUCUCGCUGUUCUAUUAGCUUCCAUGCACAAACUAUAGACCAUUGUCACCUUUAAUUGUUAUAUAUGUAUCUUUUUUCUUUUAUGCUAAUAUUGUAAUUUCAAAACUGUAACUUCAAAAUAAAGUACAAGUAAAGAGAAGUUGAAG